AUGUUUGAUGCCUACUUAGAAGUAAACGGUAAAUCAAACUACGUAAUAGAUAACGGUCGCACGUCGCGCAGCAAGUGUCCAUAUGCUACAUCAUGUUACCGAGCGAUGUUGAGACACAGUGGAUAUUGCGCCGGCUCACUUUCACUGGAGGCCGCUCCUAGACCCGCUCCCACGCUAUACUGCGUCUGCGAAUACUCUACAGACAUAAGCACGGACAUUCUAUCUCAUCUCCUCGUGACACAACACACAAGCGCGUACUUAACUGAGGAACUUGCACGAGCCAACACCGUCAGGGAAGAACCAAAACCUGCUGAUGAAGUAGAGCCUGCGCGAGGCACGAUAGCUCAAUAA